AAUAAUAAUAAGCCUAAUUAUUAAUAAAUAUAAACUAAAAUGUAAAAGAUUAGUUAUAAAUGAAAAGAAAAGACAGGUCUUUUUUGCUUUUACUAGGAAAAACAAUUACAAAGGUUUGUGCUUUCUCUCCUCAAGGCUAUAUAUAUAUAUUUCUGCAACAACAACAGAAGAAGAAAGAAAGAAAAAGAUUAUAAAAGACUCAAUCUUUUAUCAUUCUUUUGAUUUGAUUGGAUAUCACUCUUCUUCACAUCCAAAAAAAUUCAGUCUCAUAUGCUCAUUUUCAUUCCUGCUCAAACUUUCUUCUUUGGCUGACUAGUAAUGAAAACUGGACAAGAAUUCAUCUCAAAGAGUUCUUCUUGGCCUAAAGAAGUGGCAAGAAAAUGGCUUAACAUUCGGAGCAAAACAGAUGAAUUUAACUCAGAUUAUGUUUUACAAGCUUCAACUAAACUCCAACGCCGGAGAAAGAGUUGCUCCGACGACAAUUGUUGCGUCGUCGUGCCUGAAGAUUUUUCGGUUUUUUCAAAGGUACAAGACUCAGAUGAUCAUCUCAAUCUGAGAACAUUUGUUGGGACAUGGAAUGUUGGAGGAAUUUCCCCUCAUGAUGGGUUGAACUUAAGGAAUUGGCUUAAGUCUCCAACUCAAGCUGAUAUCUAUGUUAUUGGGUUCCAAGAAAUAGUGCCUUUGAAUGCUGGUAAUGUAUUAGGAGCAGAGGACAAGGGCCCAGCAGAGCAAUGGAUUGGUUUGAUUAGAGAAGCUUUAAAUGACAAUGAAUUUGAUCAACAAAUUAAGAAUAAUAAGAAGCAAGGAAGGAUGAGUUUCUCAGAUUUUCUUUCAUUAGAAAAUGAAGAAGAAGAAGAAGAAGAAGAUGCUAUUAAAGAUGAGGUUGGACCCAAGUUUAGGUUGGCUGUUAGUAAACAAAUGGUGGGAAUCUUCCUAUGUGUUUGGGUUAGAUCAGAUCUUUGCUCACUCAUUUCCAACUUGAAAGUCUCUUGUGUUGGUACUGGCAUCAUGGGCUACCUUGGCAAUAAGGGUUCAGUAUCAAUUAGUAUGAGCUUAAGUGGGACAAGCUUUUGUUUUGUGUGUACUCAUUUGACUUCUGGUGAAAAAGAAGGAGAUGAGGUCAAAAGAAACUCAGAUGUCAUGGAAAUUCUUAAGAAGACAAAGUUUUCAUCUCAUUCAUUAUCAUCAUCAUCAUCUUCUUCUUUAGAAAAAUCAUCACCUAAUACCAUAUUAGAGCAUGAUAAGAUUAUUUGGCUAGGUGAUUUGAAUUAUAGACUUGUGGGUGGUAGUAGUGGAAAUUGUGAAACUCAUGAGCUAAUUGAAAAACAUGAUUGGCAAACACUUUUGGAGAAAGAUCAGCUAAGGAAAGAACAAAGAGAAGGGAGAGUGUUCAAAGAUUGGGAAGAAGGGGUAAUAGAUUUUGCACCAACAUACAAAUAUGUUACUAAUUCAGAUCAUUAUUAUGUUAAUCAAAUCUCAUCAAAUAAAUCCAAACACAAACAAAGAACACCUGCCUGGUGUGAUAGGAUAUUAUGGAAAGGAGAAGGAAUGAAAGAAAUUUGGUAUGGAAGAGAAGAGUCAAGAUUUUCAGACCAUAGACCUGUUUAUGCUAUUUUCAUUGUACAAAUUGACUCAAAAAGACACAACAACAACAACAACAUUAACAACAACAACAACAACAACAUUAACAACAACAACAACAACAUUAACAACAACAACAACAACAUUAACAACAACAAUAGGCUAAGACCAAGGCCAGUACUAGCUAAGGUACAGGCUGAGGAGCUUCUUUUGCCAACACUAAACAACAGCACCAGGUUUUGACAGUUAAACAGUAAAAAAAAAAAGUAAAAGUAAAAUGUUGGAGAAGGAUGUGGCUGCAUCUCUGGGUGUUUUUUCAAAUUGUUCAUAAAUAUAUAACUUUGUUUUUAUGGGGUUUAGAGUAGAGGGAACAUAGAUUAACUUUUGUAAUUAAAGUAGCUCAGCUUUUUCUAUAGAGCAAUUUUUUAUUUGCUCUUUUUUUGAUUUUUUUUUUUUGGGUAUGAGUUAGAUUGAUUGAAGAGAAAGGUAGUAAAAAAAAAGCCUAGUCAAAUGUGAAGGUUUGGUUGGUUAUUAUUUGGAGAAAAGCUUAGUUUUUUGAGUCCUCUUCUUCUUCCAACUUUCAUUGUGAUGAGACUCUAAUAUUAUUAUUAUGUUUAAUAGAAAAAUUGCAUACCAAUCAUCAUAGAGGAUUGUAAUAUGCUAGCUUAAA